UCAAAACCCUAGCAACAGCAGCCGAUUCCGCCGCCGCCGCCGCUGCUUCUUUAUUCGUCGUCUCCAAGCCCGUUGGUCUCCAUCUCUCCACCACCCGAUCAUCCAUUUCAGCUCCGAAUCAGAGACAUCUGUGAAGAAGAAUAAUGUACAGGAUGUAAUGCCUAUCGCAACUGGACAUGAGAGAGAGGAGCUUGAAGCUGAACUUGAGGGAAGGAGGCUGCUUGAUAUCGACUUCCCUGAAGGUCCUUUUGGUACUAAGGAAUCUCCCGCUGUCGUAAAGUCUUACUAUGACAAGAGAAUUGUCGGAUGCCCUGGUGGUGAAGGCGAGGAUGAACACGACGUAGUAUGGUUCUGGCUAGAGAAAGGAAAGUCAUUUGAAUGUCCAGUGUGCUCUCAAUACUUCGAGCUCGAAGUGGUUGGUCCAGGCGGACCACCAGAUGGUCACGGUGACGAUGAAGACCACCACCAUUGAUUCGAGUCUUUUUACUCAACCGCAAAAUAUUUUCUUCUAUAUUAGUGUGAGUGGAAUAAAUAUAUCUCGUUGGUGAAAACACUGGGAUAUGUUUUUUUGAUUCUCGAGAGGACACCACCACUUUUAUUUGCCUCUAGGCUCUCUAACUCUUUUUGCGUUAAAAAAAAACUCUUGAGACUUUUGUUUUUAUGAAUGAUUCUCCCGAGUCAGAAUCAUUCCUCUCUUUUUGAAUUAUAACAUAUAGUUGUUUUUGGUGUU